AUGACCAUCAACCGGCUCGUUAGCUUUGUGGCUAUUUUCGGCCUAUUGACGGUAGCCAGCGCCGACGAGUGGCACUACCCGACGCCCGAGUCAAAUGGUGUAAUUAAAGAUCCGGAACACUGGGGCGGCCAGUGCGACACCGGCCGGCGCCAGUCGCCGAUCGACCUGACCCACAAGGCCGCCGUCCGCGGUGACUUUUCGCCGUUCCUGUUCAGCAACUACAUGAACCCGAUCCGGAACGCCCAGCUAGCCAACACCGGUCAUUCGGUCCAAAUCGACAACAGCGACCCCUCGGUAACCCUGUACGGGGGCGGCCUGCCCGGCAAGUUCGUGCUCGACCAGAUGCACUUCCACUGGGGCUCGGAGCACACCGUCAACGGGGUCCGGUACGGGCUGGAGCUGCACAUGGUGCACCACGAUGCCCGCUACAAGACCCUCGCGGAAGCGGCCGCCGUCAAGAACGCCGUUGCCGUGCUCGGCGUCCUCUUCCACGUCGCCAACCAAGACAACUCGCACCUCGAAGUGGUACUGGAAACUUCCGACGACAUCCGGGACGUCGCCGGCAAGAGCGCCCCCCUCAAGGGUCGCCUCUCCCCCCACAACCUGCUCCCCCGCAACCGGACCGCCUUCUUCCGGUACGAGGGAUCGCUGACGACGCCGACCUGCGCCGAAUCCGUCAUCUGGACGGUGUUCACCGAGAGCCUGCCCGUCUCGCUGGACCAGGUCGAGCUGUUCAAAACCAUCCACGACGGAGCGGGCCACGAACUGGUCAACAACUACCGGUCGCUGCAGCCGUUGAACGCGAGGGCGUUGGUGUACACAACCGAUAUGACCGUGGGCGGAAGUGGUGCAGGUUUGGCGCCCGUUACGGCGAUCGUGCUGGCCGCGGUGGCGCUAGUGACCGCUGGGAGGUUGUGGUAGAGGGAGGGGGUGCUCUCUUAGUUCGAAGCCUUGACAUUGUUGUUUUUGUAGAGUGGAUUCUGUGUUUACAUUUGCCGACAUGGUGUUGACAGUUGAGGUUAGGUUCGUUGCAAAUGUAAACAAAGCGCGGGUCUGUCAAAUUUGUGUUGUGAUAGUUGUUCGGAGUAGCGAAGCUAGCGCCGGUAGUUAGCCAAAUCGAUUGUAUUUUCAUUACAGGAAGCCAUAUUUGUGGAUUUAGAUGCAUUUCGCUUUAAUAGACAUAUUUACG